AUGGAUGCUAUGAAACUAGAUGGCGUACAGUCUCUCCCGCUGGAGUUCAACUCGUACGCCGAGACAGUGAUUUCGAUGCUGCGGGACAGGAGCUCCGGCCUGACGGACGCCAAGUUGCUGAAGCACCUCCAGAACGUGUGCAUCGUGUACGCGUGCUUGGCGGUCAAGCGCAACGCCGGGAUUGUCUCCACACAGGCCAAGCACGCGGCAUCGGCGCAGGGGUACAAGGACAUCGCUGUCCCUGGCUUCUCAAGUGGCUCCAGGAAGACUUGGACAAGGAGGGUUUCUUCUUGCAGCCGUGGCUCACGUUCGAGGUCAUGGGGAAUGCAUGGGGAAGACGUCGAUGAAGGGAGGCAGGCCACGACGGGCUGCUAUUCGAUAUACUCGUAG